AUGCAAGAACGUUUCAGGUGUAUAAGCUCAGAAAACCUGGUGAAGACAAUGGUGUCAAAGGUGGUGAUGCAUACUAAUCAAGAUCCAGAUGGGUAUAAGCACAUUUUGAAAAGUAUAACAGGAAGCACAGAAAAGGGGAUCUUAGCCUUAGUGGCAUUCUGUUUCAGCUCGUCAAAAGCACCGGCUCUGAAAGUAUCCGAACAGAUUGAAAUCAAAGUUUGGGAACUAACAAGGGAGAAAGAGAGGAUAAUCGGCGAAAAGAAACACAGGAGGCGGAGUCAAUCCUCUCACCGUAGUCUCCACCUGCGGCUGUGUUGUAAUGGUUUACCCCACCGUUCGAUUCUAAGUCAUCAAAGAAAAGGAUGCGUGUCGUCGCCGUCGAAUCAGAGAGCUCGUCACCGUCGACUCAGAGAGCUACUCACCGUCGACUCAGAGAGCUCGUCACCGUCGACUCCGAGAGCUCGUCACCGGAUGCCUCGUCGGGGAGCCGCAGUUUCUAUUUCACGGGUCUUUUAG